AUGCACCCUAUAAGUGCGACUGAGUCUCAAGAAGCAGGUCCCAAAAACUCCAACAAGCGAGAUGAGGGGAGCACCGACGAUGCUGUUGGCCCUGCUGGCAAUGUUGACGAUUCUAAUGUCAAAUGGACUGUAUUACAAAGGGGUCAGUGUCGCAACCUCUGCCUGGCAAUGGUUCAGUGCUUAGCCGCCUCAUGGAUUAGAAUGGCCAGUGGCAUGACCUCGAGUUGUCUCAUUUCUGAAACCUACUUUAGCCAUCUGGAACUGAUAGAAGUAGACCCUGGCGUCUUUUCUGCCUUGACCUUCCACUGGUUCAAAUCUGAUUACAAAAAGGGGCAGUACCAAUACUACAAGGUUCAUGAAGUACUCUACAACUUCUAUCAGUCCCAGAAUGCCUGCAGAUCUGAAGGAGCACAGCUGGCUACUUCCGUCAACGACCUGAAGAAGGCGGACAUGACAGUCCGCCUCUACCAGGGAGGUGGAGCACAAUAUUGGAUUGGGCUUUAUCAGGAGGGAUUUGCAACACCGGCAAUGUGGCUCAGCCCCAGUGGUAGGUAA